AUGUUACUGACAGUCAGCACAGGCCAUUCUUUGAGGAGUCCUGUCUUUGUUUCCUGUCAGCGCUCUUAUUUUGGUUAUUUCCUGAUUAUCUCCCUGAGUGCUUUGUCCCCUCAGCUGUGGCUGAUUGGCACCUGGCCACACCUGGUGUCAAUCAGCCAGCUGCUAUUUGAACCUGCCUUCCUCUCCAGUCAGUGCUGGAUUAUUGUCACUACUACCUGUCAUAAUACUUGUCGUUGUAGCUCUGUCUACUUUUGUUCACUCUCCUCAUGUCAUAGUUCCUUCGUGUCACAAAUACGCUUGAAAAAGAUGCCGUCUAUCAGGGAGACACUACAGGAUAUGGGAGUUUCGGUGGAGCAGGUGUUGACUGAGCUAGCCCAGAUGAACUCACAAGACCUAAGCAAUGGAACUGUUCCCACACCUCUUAUCAACUAUUUGGAUACUCAGUACUACGGGGAAAUCAGCAUCGGCUCCCCGGCUCAGAUGUUUAACGUGGUAUUCGACACGGGGUCAGCUAACCUGUGGGUGCCCUCACAAAGCUGCUCUCCAUUCUCCACGGCCUGCUUCACUCAUAAUCGGUAUGAUGCCUCCCUGUCACGCACAUACAUGGAAAACGGAACAGGAUUUUCUAUCCAGUAUGCUUCAGGAAACGUCAGGGGAUUCCUUAGUGAGGAUGUAGUUGUGGUUGGUGGCAUCCCUGUGAUCCAAGUGUUUGCUGAAGCAACCACGCUGUCUGCCAUGCCCUUCAUCUUUGCUAAGUUUGACGGAGUCCUGGGGAUGGGCUACCCAAAUGUGGCCAUCGAUGGCAUCACUCCAGUGUUUGAUCGCAUCAUGUCUCAACAUGUCCUCAGGGAGGAGGUGUUCUCUAUCUAUUACAGCAGGGACCCCCAACAUUCCCCAGGUGGAGAGCUAGUCCUGGGCGGCACAGACCCAAACUACUACACUGGAAACUUUAAUUACAUGGAGACCAAAGAAAUGGGCAAAUGGGAAGUCAUGAUGAAAGGUGUUUCUGUGGGGACAGAAAUGAUCUUCUGCGCAGAGGGCUGCACAGCUGUGAUAGACACGGGCUCCUCCUACAUCACUGGCCCGGCCUCAUCCGUCUCUGUGUUGAUGAAAAUUAUUGGAGCCCAGCAGGACGAAAGUGGGUACAAAGUCAACUGUGACACAGUGAAGACGUUGCCAAGUAUCGCCUUCCAUCUGGGUGGCCACGAGUACUCACUUACCCAGGAGGAUUACAUUAUAUGGCAAUCCCAGAUGGAGGGGGAUGUCUGCAUUGUCACCUUCAGGGGCUUGGAUGUACCACCCCCUACAGGUCCCAUUUGGAUUUUAGGAGCCAACUUCAUCGCUCGCUACUACACAGAAUUUGACCGUCGCAAUAAUCGGAUAGGCUUCGCUGUAGCAGUCUGAUGCUCUUUUGGUUUUUGCGGUUCAUAAAUGCAACAUAAUAAGGAAUCGUCUGCCAUCGUCCUUUGCUUCUUUGAAUUUCUGCUUUCCUGAACUGCCAAGCUUUGUUUCAUUCAGAAUGUUUACAUGCACUAAAACAGACAGAUUCCCCUCCAUUUUUACACUUCUAUAAGAAGUCAGUCAUUAGUGUAGUGUACGGUAUCUACGAAAUGCUAGAGGCCAAAUUUGGUGAUUUGAAGGAGAAUGCUACACAAUAGCUGUCACUGGUUGUAGCCAUCUAUUCAAAUGGAUAACUUUGAUUUCCACAGCUCUUACAUGGUAAGCUUUUAAUGUGUUUAAAUGACAUUUAAACACAUAUACAAAUUCCCAGUGUGAAUGAUUAAAAAAACAUUUUCACAAUGCUUUGAAUUAUUA